AUGUCGCAGCGGGAGACCCGCCCCACAGGAGCUGGCUCGCCCUUCAAGAGGCAUCGCAAGACGGUUGUGAGCUAUGACAAGUGCGCUAUGGAAGCUUUGGUGGCAAGCGAUCAAAGCGCAGAGCAAGAGGAAACCGUGUGCUGGCCUUCUGCGCAAUGUUAUCGAGAGCUGGUGCAUGUGGUCAGCAGCUGGAUGCCGGAGAUUCGUGUGAACUCAGAAGGAGACUAUGCAUUCUCAUUGCGCUUUGUAGUUGCAGCGAUUCUACUCACCUUGUUUCUGACUUUAUUGGGGCCGUUCGUGGCUCCAAUCGCCCUCGCUUUAGCUGCUCUUCGGAGUACUGAACGGAACUGCUUGCAUGGCUUGUCACAGAUCUUCAUGGUUGGGCUUACAGCCUUUCCCCUGUACCUUCUGUGGACCAUGACCGCAGUGGCCUUUCGAAUGGACACCCUGCAAGAGUUCAGAAAGGCAGAGAAUUCCGUCCUGGAGCUUUGCGGCCCCUUCCUGUGCCUUCUGAUCUUGUCUCUGGUAUUUCUGGCAGAGGACACGCACAACUUGCACGACUUCGGCAGUAAGUUACAGGAGGUCCUGAGCUACCUGCACCGGUACGUCCGGAAGAAGCCAGUUAGCAUCUUCGGAGAUGACUCUCCCGGGGUCCUAACGAGCAGAUUCAUGAAAGUGAUGCUGCGGAUGAUCAUCAUGAACUCGCCAGAAGACAGCCCUCAGGCAGAGUCGCAGGAGCUUCGUGGAAUGCUUCAAGAUGCCUCUGUGAUUACCAAGCAGUUCUCGCCUCUUCGGCUAUUGGUUCUCGUGACGUUCAGCCUGAUUCCCGCGCUGUUUCCGGCCAUCUGCCGCUUUAUCAGCGGGAACGACGACUUUAUGCUGUCUGACCACACCAAUGUGUGGCGUUGCCGGAGGGCAUACUUGUUCAUGGCCUUUUUUACAACUAUGAUGCUGAUCAGCACCUGUCAUGAUCUCAUCGAAAGCCUUGACAAAAUCCAGCUCUCCACUCUAGCAACCAUGUACCUCGCUGCCCCCAGAAAGCGCCGCGCAGUCUUGGUGGCAAUAUACAAGGCACGCUUUGACAAGCUCAUCCUGCAUGCGGAGGGCGCAAAGGAAUCCGUGCCCCUCGUGGAAGCAGAAGCUGAGCUGCUGCAACGUGAGGAUGCCCCAAAUCCUGAUGACGUCACCGCGCCGGCGCUGCUUUCGCGGGGCUUCGGCCAUCUCAGAUUCGUUUUAUCCAGGCCGAGCUGGUUAACUUCGGGAAGCCCUCGUGCGUCAGAGGACCCGGCCAGCCCUGAACCCAGGAGCUCGGCAUCCCUUGGAUUUCGUGGGAAUCGACCGGUGCCGAUCCUGCAGAGGAACCUAGCGGACAACGUCAAUGACCGGGUCUCCUACUUAGCCACGAGGAGGUUUGCAGCGCUGCAGCUGCUCGCCCGGGCAGACUGCUUGGUGUUGGAAGCAAAGUCUCAAGUAGUUCUCCUGGUCCUAGCGUUCAUCAUGAUCAUGUGCGCUGUAAUUCUCGCUUGCUCUGUUGGCCUGCUACAUGGCCAGCAUGCCAUCACACCUUUGUUCUGCAUGGUGUUCCUGCCCAUUGUUCUAAUCGUGAUGUUGGACAUCAUGAACAAGUUAGUCGACCUCGAGAACUACUUCUAUGAGGACACCUUGAAGAUUCUCCAGAGCUGGCGAGAGCGAAUGGAGCGUCUUCGAUAUGCCGUUACGAUUGACGAAGUCAUAUCCGAAGAACGCACACAUGUGGACAGCUUCUUCACGAGUCUUAUUGAUCCGGUGGCUGCUCUCAUCGACUAUACCAAAAACUGGCAGAAGCGCGUGCGGAUCUUCGGCUUGGAUGCUUCCAGCUCGAGACGAAAUCGGCUCCUGUUGUCGUUUGUGGCCUACUGCGCCCUGGUCCUCUGGCAGUACUGGAGACAGGCGGAAUGGUUCGCCGAGCUAGAAGCAGAAUUCUUAGACAUUGUUUACAACCACAGAAUCAGCCUUACUUGA